AUGGGGAACUCAACCCAAGUCAAGUUAUUUUAUCUCUUUGGCUUACAAGAGACAUUUAACAACAAAUCGGUCUAUUUUAUCUUGUCUCUUAUCACAUACCUUCUCAUCAUCACUGUGAAUUUGACUCUGAUCAUAACAAUCAUUCAGGAGAAAGGCCUCCAUGAGCCUAUGUAUAUAUUUCUGUGUAGUCUAUGUGUCAAUGGAUUGUAUGGAACUGCUGGUUUCUACCCCAAGUUCUUACUGGACCUUCAGUCAGAUGUUCAGGUGAUAUCUUAUGGUGGAUGUUUUACUCAAGCCUAUGUAAUAUACACAUCUCUCCUGUGUGAAAUUUCUACUCUAACAGUGAUGUCUUACGACAGGUAUGUGGCAAUAUGCAGACCACUACUAUACCAUACCAUUGUGACAUCUUUAACUGUUAGAAAGUUACUCUUAUUUGCUUGGUGUUAUCCUUUAUUUAUAGGACUCAUAGCACUUAGUUUAGCCGUCAGAAUUCCUUUGUGUGGAUCUCGCAUUGAUAAAAUAUUCUGUGACGUUCCAUCUAUACUGAAACAUGCAUGUUAUGACAUUACCAUCAUUCAGAUUCUGAACAAAUGUAUAAUAUGUGUUCAUGUUUUACAGAUACUUUUCAUUGUAUUUUCUUACUGUCAGAUUGUAAGGAAUUGUGUUAAGUCAGCUAAGGGAAGGAUUAAGUUCACACAGACAUGUGUGCCACAUUUAAUAACAAUGGUUAUUUACAUCACAGUGACCCUGUUUGACACUCUGCAAGGGUGGUAUAGUAAUGUAAAUAUUACAGUAAAUAUACGUAAUGCAAUGGCUGUACAAUUCCUUGUUGUACCACCUGUCUUAAACCCUGUCAUAUAUGGACUUAACCUCCAGCAGAUCCGAAGGGCAGUUUUUAGAAAAUGUAAAGCACAUAAAAUCAUUGAUGUGAAACGUUAGUUACAUAAUCUUACAUAGCAGGGAGACUUCCUGAUAUCAGAAGUCAACAAAAAUAACAACACCUGGCAGGGGGUCUUGGUGUCCUCCCAAAUUUUUGGGGGGCAUCUAAUGCUAAUUUCCUGCAUUUCUGCUAGUGCUGUACCCGACCAAAAAUAAUCUUGGUCAACCAAGAGUAGUCUUUUCUUUCGACCAAUCGAUUUGUCAACAUUUCUAAACGUGUCAUUUUUUCUUACUAUUUCUACCAGUCUGCAUACCAGUUAUAAUUUUCAUAUGCACAUUAUCGUGGAACAUCUUUUAAUUAAUAAUAGUCUUUGUAUCUAAAAAUCAUUGUCUGUGGUUAAUCUACAAAUAAUAAAAAAAAUUAACUUUUAUUGCCAUUGCCAACUAUAUAAAAAUAGCCUACAAAAACCCAACACGUAAAAACAUUGCAGCCUGCAGGCAGAAAAUAUCCUGAUAAAAAUACAUAUCCUAUGAAUCAUGUUGUCUACGCAUGACCUGUAUGCAACAAACUCAAGACAUUGUAUCAACUAUCAACUGGGUCAGGUAUUUUAUUAUGUUUCCACUGGAUCAGGUCAUUAUAUCUUUCCCUUUCAUGCCGAGUGGUUAUCGAAAGGGAGAGAGAUGGAAAUAUUGUUCAAAUACUUUGAGGAACUGUUGUCAUUCUCAUUUGAUUCUAAAAACAUACUUUAUUUACUUGCUGUUUGAGGUGAAGAACAUUUACUUUGAGAAGCUCCACAGCUCAUUAGUGGUGGUGAAUUAAGACAAUCAGAUAUACUAUCAGACAUCCCUAAAUGGGCACAUUUAUAGGCAUACAUUUGCACGCAGGCUAGGUAGACUAGUCCUACUUCUAUAUUGUUAAUCAGGUGCGAGUCCUUACUCAACAUUGACAGGAGAGUUUCAAACAAAAAAUUAUGAAUAAAUUGACAAGACUCGUAAAAGGAAUAAAAUAAACAAUAACUGGUUUCUCACAAGUGUAGUAUAGGUUGUGAGUUCUGCAAAACACAUGUCCACUCUGACAUUGAGAAUGGUAAAUGACCUUAAUAAUAAUAUAUAAUGCAUUAACAGAAAUAAACCUUGCAGAUUAGAAAUGAUGGGAAUUAAUGUUAAAUGUAGGCUACUACUGGUGCUAUUUGUAAUGGGGUAUUGAUAGACAUAUCAAACAAUGCACACAAUCAAGUUAUGAAACACUGAAUACCCACUAAAUGGCGGGAGAGAGCGCAUUCUGGAGAGAGACGUGCCUUAUGCGUCUGAGCCACAAUCCCCAUAUUCUUGGACCGUGGCAUCCCUGUGGCCUCCUCAAUGGAUUAGUCCACUGAGACAGGCGCAAAUCAGAUAGGUGUCUCGUGUGCCAUAAAAAAAAAGCUAUAUUUGUGACUGCUUGACUAAAGAAAAUCUAAUGUUUUCAUUACAGACACCUUUUGUCAUACAGUAUUCCAUAAGGCACCCAGACCUUAUCAAAGUUGCAGAGUAUACCCUUAAUCUAGUAAUAAAUCAAAUCUAGUGAAACAUGAUUUGACAUUUCUGCCAUCCACUGUGACAUUGUUGUAGGAUAACCAACCUUCCAAUUUUAUGGCAAUGCAUUUCUUAGCUACUAUAAAUGCUACGGUUACACAGUUUCUUCUUAUAACAGCCUCCAGUAUCAACAUUUCCAAGCAAACAAAAACAGGGAAAGUGAGAAUCUGUAGACAUGCAGAGACAAAAGAACAUAGUCUUUGCCAGAAAUCAGCCAGCCUUCACAAGAUCAUAACAUAUGCAAAUAUGUCCCCUUUUGUGUUUUACAACUCCAGCGGAGGAAUUACAUUUCUGUGCAUGAUAUUCAGUUUAACUGUCAUAUAGUAUGUUCUAUGGAUGGUCUUAAACUGCAAUAAUUUAUGUCUGAGAUUAUAUGAACAUGAAGGCAUUCAAACAUAUCUGUAUCCAUUCAUCAUCAUCAAAAGCGUCUCCCAGGUCUUCCUCACAGUUUUGUGUCAUCAAGAAAAGCCUCUAUCAAGGCAGCUGGGACCUUAGUCACCAAGAAAACAAUUGAUAACACACUACGCCAUGAAGGACUGAAAUCCUGCAGCGCCCGCAAGAUCCCCCUGCUCAAGAAAGCAAAUAUACAUGCCCGUCUGAAGUUUGCCAAUGAACAUCUGAAUGAUUCAGAGGAGAACUGGGUGAAAGUGUUGUGGUCAGAUGGGACCAAAAUCGAGCUCUUUGGCCUCAACUCAACUCGCCGUGUUUGGAGGAGGAGGAAUGCUGCCUAUGACCCCAAGAACACCAUCCCCACAGUCAAACAUGGAGGUGGAAACAUUAUGCUUUGUGGGUCUUUUUCUGCUAAGGGGACAGGACAACUUCACCGCAUCAAAGGGACGAUGGACGGGGCCAUGUACCGUCAAAUCUUGGGUGAGAACCUCCUUCCCUCAGCCAGGGCAUUGAAAAUGGGUCGUGGAUGGGUAUUCCAGCAUUACAUUGACCCAAAAUACACGGCCAAGGCAACAAAGGAGUGGCUCAAGAAGAAGCACAUUAAGGGCCUGGAGUGGCCUAGCCAGUCUCCAGACCUUAAUCCCAUAGAAAAUCUGUGGAGGGAGCUGAAGGUUUGAGUUGCCAAAUGUCAGCCUCGAAACCUUAAUGACUUGGAGAAGAUCUGCAAAGAGGAGUGGGACAAAAUUCCUCCUGAGAUGUGUGCAAACCUGGUGGCCAACUACAAUAAACGUCUGACCUCUGGUAUUGCUGACAAGGGUUUUGCCACCAAGUACUAAGUCAUGUUUUGCAGAGGGGUCAAAUACUUUUUUCCCUCAUUAAAAUGCAAAUCAAUUCAUAACUUUUUUGACAUGCGUUUUUCUGGAUUUUGUUGUUGUUAUUCUGUCUCUCACUGUUCAAAUAAAUCUACCAUUAAAAUUAUAGACUGAUAAUUUCUUUGUCAGUGGGCAAACGUACAAAAUCAGCAGGGGAUCAAAUACUUUUUUCCCCUCACUGUAUGUCCACAUAACGGCAGCCUGGAGAAAUAUAACAGGUGAUCUAGACUUAAAUCCUGUUUUUAUUUUUAUAUACUUCUAUAGGUACUAUUAAGAAAAUGGAGAACUCAACACAAUUCAUGUCAUUUAUACUAGCUGGAUAUAGUGACAGUGGACAUUUAAAGUACUUGUAUUUAAUUAUAAUAACUGUCUUAUACGUCUCAACACAGUGCUUAUUGUAGUUAUUUGUAUGGAGAGAAGCCUUCAUGAACCCAUGUAUCUGUUUCUGUGCAGUUUGUUUGUGAAUGACUUGUAUUAUAUUGCUGGUUUGUUUCCUGCUCUCAUGACUCAUUUGGUUUCAGAUGACCAUGCAGUUUCCGCUGUGUACUGUUACCUACAGAUCUUUUGUAUAUACACAUAUGGAUCUAUUGAAUUCAGCAAUUUAGCAGCCAUGUCCUAUGACAGGUACCGUGCUAUAUGUUAUCCACUACAGUAUAACAACAUCAUUACACCCAACAGGGUGUGUAUUUUAUUUGUGUAAUAUGGUUGUACUCUUUUGCAAGAAGCAUCAUAACACUGUCUUUAACUAUUUGUUUGCAAUUGUGUGGGAAUGUUAUAGACAAAGUGUAUUUUGACAACUACCUGGUAGUAAAACUCAGCUGUUCAACAUCAGACACGACAGUUAAUAACAUCUAUGGACUCUGUGGUAUUGUUUUGACUGUCGCUGUCCCUUUAAUUACUAUUGUGUUCUCUUAUAUUAAGAUUCUGACUAUUUGUUUGAAAUCUUCCAUCGAGACCAGACAGAAAGCUUUCAGCACCUGUACUCCUCAUCAGGCUUCGCUGCUCAACUUCUCAUUCGGCUGUUUCUUAAAUCUGCUCCAGAGUAGAUUUGAUAGGCCUAUGAGAAAUGUUCCAACUGUACUUCUCACUAUUUUAUCAGUGUACUUUCUGAUGUGCCAGCCACUUUUAAAUCCUAUUGUGUAUGGAGUUAGGAUGGCUAAAAUCAGACAGGCUUGUAAACACAUACUACCUGUAGGUCUGUACCCUAAAACAUAAGCUAAACAUUAGUGUGACCUUUUCUGUCCUGAUUGUUCGAUUUUUGUGAUGUUGACUUGUGUGUUUUGUUACUUAUAGGUGCAAUAAUGAAUGGGGGUGAGGAUGGUGAAAAUCAGACUUGUAAAACAUUUGCUGAUAUGUAUGGUAUUGUCAUUUACCUUUUAUUCACUUGCUGAUCUCUAUUGACUAUCUGUCCCUCAAAGAAUGUACUUUAAAAUUAACUUCCUUGUCUACAAAGCCCUAAAUUGAAUUGGACCAGCCUACCUGUCAGACCUAUGAACCUCCACGCACCCUAAGUUUAAACCACGUCAAGCUGCUGAAUGCCGGCAGGACCUGGAUACACACAAUGGAGGGCCGUUUAUUUUGCUCCCACGCACCACGCCUUUGGAACUCCCUUCCUGACAAUCUCAGGGCUGUUCAGACUGUUGGGGCCUUUAAAGCAGGCCUUAAGACUCAGCUCUAUAAGCCUUCCAAUCCUCCUAGACUUUGAUUGUUGCUUUCAUGAUUUGGUUAUAUAUAUUUUGUACUCUUUUUUUAGUUCGUUUUUUAUUUUAUGCAAUUUGAGAUUAUAAUUUUAUAAUGAAAAACACUUUACAAAGGUAAUAAAUUAUUUUCAUUAUUUAAAUUUUAAAAAACAGAAGUUCAUUACUUUGAAUUCCUUACUUAAAUUGAUAGUUUUGCCAGAGGUUGCUGUAUCUAAGUAUGUAACAAAUCUAGAAAUGCAAAACUGUCUGGAUCGAUUGACAACAGUUGACAAGCUGAUGUAAAUGUGUAAAAGGUAAGCCCACCUGGCACCAUUACAUCCAUCACAAAUGGAAAAUAAAGCCCUGUACAGUACAUACAAGCUUGGGGAUUGUUUGACAUUUUGAGAGAGAAAUCUAGGGAAAUACUGUAGCAUGAAAACAAACUAUAUUCUGUCUGAAAUGCAGAUGCAUGUCAUGUUUUCUGAGGAACAACCGUUCUAUGUAACAUGAUAUCUGUGUGCCAGCUAUCUGUCAGAUGACUAGCUUUCUUAUUCCUCAGAAAGGCAACUACCUGGGACACAAGAGAAACCUGUUGCCUAUUUUGGAUAGCUUAUUCUGUCCUAACAAAUUCCAGAUAAUUCCUUGAUAAUAACAAAUAUACUGCAUAUACUGUAUUUCGUUUUAAUUGAGAAAUCGGACGACGCGCACCACUGGCUUGGUGCGGGGAGCAGGAACGGGCCGUACCAGACUGGCGACGCGCACCACUGGCUUGGUGCGAGGGACAGGAACAGGCCGGACCGGGCUGGCGACGCGCACCACUGGCUUGGUGCGAGGGGCAGGAACAGGCUGGGCUGGACUGGGAACACGCACCACUGGCUUGGUGCGGGGAGCAGGAACGGGCCGGACUGGGCUGACGACGGGCACCACUGGCUUGGUGCGGGGAGCACGAAUGGGCCGGACUGGGCUGGGAACACCCACCACUGGCUUAGUGCGGGAAUCAGGAACGGGCCGGACCAGACUGGCGACACGCACCACUUGAUUGCUGCCUAACCAGCUCCUCUCGCCGUGCCGCUACACCUUCCUUCUGCUCCCUCUGCACCAAUGACCCCCUUAAUCUGGCGGCCUCCUCUGCUAACCGGCUGAACCGCUCUAUCGCGGCCUCCUGCUGCCUCGUCGUCCACGGCGUGAGCCCCCCCCCCCCUAAAAAAUGUUUGGGCUUGUCUCUCCCCUGUGCUCAUGGCCUCCAUCCCUCUAGCCAGACUCUCUCUCAUCUCCUCCCACGUCCAUCCUCUCUCCUCGUCACGCUGCUUGAUCCAGGGUCGGUGGGAUCUUCUGUCACGCUCGUAUACAGAAGACACGGACCAAGGCGCAGCGUGAUAAGCGUACAUUUUAUUUGUACUGACACACAAACAAAAACAACAAACCAACGAUACGUGAAGUCCUAGGUUAACACAAAACAAACCUUACAGAACAAGAUCCCACACUGACUAGUGCCAAACAGACUGCCUAAGUAUGGUCCCCAAUCAGAGACAACGAGAUACAGCUGCCUCUGAUUGGGAACCACCCUGGCCAACAUAGAUCUAAACGAUCUAGAACAAAACAUAGAAAACUAUAACAUAGAGACUCCACACCCUGGCUCAACAUUUAAGAGUCCCCAGAGCCAGGGCGUGACAUUUCAAUAGGCCCACAGCCUCAAGUCGCACUUCUGUACCGUAGGUGUGGGUACUCUCGAUUUCUCUGAGCAGGUGGAUGAUGCUGUCCAGAUAUUUUAUAAUGACACUCACCGUGGCUAGAUGACCAGUCCAUCGCUGCUCAAACAGCCGUUUCAGUUUCUCUCCCGUAUUUUGCGCAGCCACAGUUGGUUUCCUGAGAAACUUGUAAAGGGAAUUACACACAUUAAAAAAGUCAUCCAAUGCACCCUCAGAGGACAUAGCGUGCACUAUGACUCAAUGCAGCUGGUGGUUAAAGCAAUGCACAUACGGCACUUCCCGAUUCAGCUUGUCCUGCACUAUCCUUUGCAUGCCCCCAUGUUUACCAAACAUCACACUGGCCCUCAUCAUAACAUUGACUAAUAAACUUCUCGGUGCUAAGGCCAAGAUUUGUUAGCUCUGACAGGACCAAGUUAGUCAGCGAUAAAGCAUCACAUACUCGUUGCCAUUGAGAGUAGCCGCUCAGAAACACGAUUGUUUUCACCCACGUAAUGGAAUACAAUUGAAAUGUUCUCACACCCGGUUGGGUCUUUAGUCCCAUCCACUUUAAGUGUGUACCAUGAAUCACCUACUUCCUUUACAAUUUCCUCUGUGACUACCUCACUCAUGAGCCCAAUUAUUUCGUUCUGGAUGUCAUGAGAUGUGUAUGUGGCAUUGCGGGGAAUUGUGCUUAAGGCACUAGCAAGUUCCUUGUCUUUCCUGAGCGUAUAAUCUAAUAUCGCCAGGAAUAUUCCAACGCCCCCCUCCCCUCUUGCAUCCAUCGCAUCCAAAGUUCCCCUGAGAGGAAGCUUGUUGACAGCAAGAAAUUCCACAAUGUCCACAAUCGAUGACAAAUACAUACGAUUUCUUGCAAGCUGAGCAGAAUUCACAAGUGUUGAAAUUUCCGCUCCCUGUGCAUUCCUUGCGUGUCUUUCUGUCCAAAGUACCAUGCAUUUUAAAUGUUCUUUGCUUGAUGCGUGCCUCCCCAGUCCCUUGUUGCUAUCAAUGGCAUGUCGCCAGUUAUUAUAUCCAGUUCGGAUGAAUGCCUUAUCGGCGUUAGCAUUGGAGCCGAUGUUACAUUUUCGACAAGGAUAGCAGAAAGCUACAUUUGACUGGCAGGAAUAUUCCAGCCACUCUCUGCCUUUGAACCACAUGCUACAAAAUGCACGUUUUCUCUCACAGUAAAGGCUGGUUGGGUAUUUCCCCAGACAAACCUGCGCUGGCUCCUCAUCACCGAGGUCGUCAGGCACUAACGGAGGUGUCGGUGCUUGUAAUAUCCUGGCGGUGCUGCUGCUAGAUUCGGUUUUGGCGGCUGCAGGCCCCUCCUCGGGUUGGUUACCUCCUAUGUCACCAGGCUGCAAGACAGUUGCGCAGGUGCCUUUGCUGCUGGCUCGGCAGCCUUGGCCUCUGUGAUUAACGUCUGCUUGGCCUCUGUGGCAGGCUUCUCCCCCUCCCCUACACUUUGAUCCGAUGCUGCCGUUGUGCCCUGGCGAAGCCACUUUCUAAUAUCCAUCAUGCUAUCAGCUACCUACCUAACUGUUAACAUUCGCUAAAUUCCAUCCAGCUGCACGGUGAAUUUUUUUUUUGUUCUUCUUACUACAUAACUUUGAAGGUAAAUUGACCCCAGCCUUCUACUGUGAAGGCCAAUCAAAAUGUGUUUUUUUUCAACUGGUAAAACGUGUAUGAUGUACGUGUGAUGCGUGCAAGGGAGAUGCAUGAAUGAAGCAUACACAACAAAUUGGUUGGGCAUGACGGAGGGGGCAGAUUGUGGGACAGAAUAGGGAUACAAAACUGAGGGGGCACAAUAUUCAAACUAAGGGGUCAUUGCCCACUUUUGCACCCUCGUGGCGCCGGGCCUGGGACGUCCCUUGUUUGCUGGGUUAAUACAUCAAUAGAGUAAAUAGAAUCAAAUGAGUUGCUUGUUAUAAACUAAAUAUAGAUCCAUCUCUAUGGAUUGGUUACAUGUUGACACUGAAACUACAAUCCCAUGUGAGCAUACACUAUGAUAUAUUUAGAGGCUAGCAGGACAAGUAAUUGGAGCACUAUCCCUCUGUCAAGCAAGACAUUUCAUGGACACAAGUCUCUUCAAUUCUUUCACACCUCAGAAGUCUGAUAAUGUACAGACAUUAUCGGGAUCUUAAUUUUUUUGGAAUAAGAGUUUGAGGGAGGAUGUGAAUUUGUUUUGUUAAAACUAUUGUGUUUAGUCUGAGCCUAAACAGAAUCAAAUGAUUCACACUUGAAUUCAUUCACAUCCAUCACACUCAAGCCUUGUAAGGACUAAGAAUUGCUGCAUUGACCAAAGGAAGAAAAUUAACAAAAGCUAUGGAGAACUCAACCCAAGUCAAGUUCUUUUAUCUCUUUGGCUUACAAGAGACAUUUAACAACAAAUCGGUCUAUUUUAUCUUGUCUCUUAUCACAUACCUUCUCAUCAUCACUGUGAAUCUGACUCUGAUCAUAACAAUCAUUCAGGAGAAAGGCCUCCAUGAGCCUAUGUAUAUGUUUCUGUGUAGUCUAUGUGUCAAUGGAUUGUAUGGAACUGCUGGUUUCUACCCCAAGUUCUUAUUCGACCUUCAGGCAGAUGUUCAGGUGAUAUGUUAUGGUGGAUUUUUUACUCAAGCCUAUGUAAUAUACACAUCUCUCCUGUGUGAAAUUUCUACUCUAACAGUGAUGUCUUACGAUAGGUAUGUGGCAAUAUGCAGACCACUACUAUACCAUACCAUUGUGACAUCUUUAACUGUUAGAAAGUUACUCUUAUUUGCUUGGUGUUAUCCUUUAUUUAUACCACUCAUAGCACUUAUUGUAGCCGUCAGAAUUCCUUUGUGUGGAUCUCGCAUUGAUAAAAUAUUCUGUGACGUUCCAUCUAUACUGAAACAUGCAUGUUUACCCAUUACCAUCAACCAGAAUUUUAACAAAUUUGUAAUAUGUGUUCAUGUUUUACAGUUAUUUUUAAUUGUAUUUUCUUACUGUCAGAUUGUAAGGACUUGUGUAAAGUCAGCUAAGGGAAGGAUUAAGUUCACACAGACAUGUGUGCCACAUUUAAUAACAAUGGUUAUUUACAUCACAGUGACCCUGUUUGACACUCUGCAAGGGUGGUAUAGUAAUGUAAAUAUUACAGUAAAUAUGCGUAAUGCAAUGGCUGUACAAUUCCUUGUUGUACCACCUGUCUUAAACCCUGUCAUAUAUGGACUUAACCUCCAGCAGAUCCGAAGGGCAGUUUUUAGAAAAUGUAAAGCACAUAAAAUCAUUGAUGUGAAACGUUAGUUUCAUAAUCUUACAUAGCAGGGAGACUUCCUGAUAUCAGAAGUCAACAAAAAUAACAACACCUGGCAGGGGGUCUUGGUGUCCUCCCAAAUUUUGGGGGGCAUCUAAUGCUAAUUUCCUGCAUUUCUGCUAGUGCUGUACCCGACCAAAAAUAAUCUUGGUCAACCAAGAGUAGUCUUUUCUUUCGACCAAUCGAUUUGUCAACAUUUCUAAACGUGUCAUUUUUUCUUACCAUUUCUACCAGUCUGCAUACCAGUUAUAAUUUUCAUAUGCACAUUAUCGUGGAACAUCUUUUAAUUUAUAAUAGUCUUUGUAUCUAAAAAUCAUUGUCUGUGGUUAAUCUACAAAUAAUAAAAAAAAGUAACUUUUAUUGCCAUUGCCAACUAUAUAAAAAUAGCCUACAAAAAGCCAACACGUAAAAACAUUGCAGCCUGCAGGCAGAAAAUAUCCUGAUAAAAAUACAUAUCCUAUGAAUCAUGUUGUCUACGCAUGACCUGUAUGCAACGAACUCAAGACAUUGUAUCAACUAUCAACUGGGUCAGGUAUUGUAUUAUGUUUCCACUGGAUCAGGCCAUUAUAUCUUUCCCUUUCAUGCCGAGUGGUUAUCGAAAGGGAGAGAGAUGGAAAUAUUGUUCAAAUACUUUGAGGAACUAUUGUCAUUCUCAUUUGAUUCUAAAAACAUACUUUAUUUACUUGCUGUUUGAGGUGAAGAAAAUUUACUUUGAGAAGCUCCACAGCUCAUUAGUGGUGGUGAGUUAAGACAAUCAGAUAUACUAUCAGACAUCCCCAAAUGGGCACAUUUAUAGGCCUACAUUUGCACGCAGGCUAGGUAGACUAGUCCUACUUCUAUAUGGUUAAUCAGGUGCGAGUCCUUACUCAACAUUGACAGGAGAGUUUCAAACAAAAAAUGAUGAAUAAAUUGACAAGACUCGUUAAAAGGAAUAAAAUAAACAAUAACUGGUUUCUCACAAGUGUAGUAUAGGUUGUGAGUUCUGCAAAACACAUGUCCACUCUGACAUUGAGAAUGGUAAAUGACCUUAAUAAUAAUAUAUAAUGCAUUAACAGAAAUAAACCUUGCAGAUUAGAAAUGAUGGGAAUUAAUGUUAAAUGUAGGCUACUACUGGUGCUAUUUGUAAUGGGGUAUUGAUAGACAUAGCAAACAAUGCACACAAUCAAGUUAUGAAACACUGAAUACCCACUAAAUGGGGGGAGAGAGCGCAUUCUGGAGAGAGACGUGCCUUAUGCGUCUGAGCCACAAUCCCCAUAUUCUUGGACCGUGGCAUCCCUGUGGCCUCCUCAAUGGAUUAGUCCACUGAGAGAGGCGCAAAUCAGAUAGGUGUCUCGUGUGCCAUAAAAAAAAAGGUAUAUUUGUGACUGCUUGACUAAAGAAAAUCUAAUGUUUUCAUUACAGACACCUUUUGUCAUACAGUAUUCCAUAAGGCACCCAGACCUUAUCAAAGUUGCAGAGUAUACCCUUAAUCUAGUAAUAAAUCAAAUCUAGUGAAACAUGAUUUGACAUUUCUGCCAUCCAUUGUGACAUUGUUGUAGGAUAACCAACCUUCCAAUUUUAUGGCAAUGCAUUUCUUAGCUACUAUAAAUGCUACGGUUACACAGUUUCUUCUUAUAACAGCCUCCAGUAUUAACAUUUCCAAGCAAACAAAAACAGGGAAAGUGAGAAUCUGUAGACAUGCAGAGACAAAAGAACAUAGUCUUUGCCAGAAAUCAGCCAGCCUUCACAAGAUCAUAACAUAUGCAAAUAUGUCCCCUGUUGUGUUUUACAACUCCAGCGGAGGAAUUACAUUUCUGUGCAUGAUAUUCAGUUUAACUGUCAUAUAGUAUGUUCUAUGGAUGGUCUUAAACUGCAAUAAUUUAGGUCUGAGAUUAUAUGAACAUGAAGGCAUUCAAACAUAUCUGUAUCCAUUCAUCAUCAUCAAAAGCGUCUCCCAGGUCUUCCUCACAGUUUUGUGUCAUCAGGAAAAGCCUCUAUCAACCCUUGAAACAGUUAGGAAAUCAACUUUAGAGGUUUGUCAGACUGCCUUAAAAUGGUUUCAAUCUUUGAAGCUUCUGGCUUGUCCAGUGCUUGCUGCACCGAGAGAAGAAAGUGUUGCAUCUGAAAAAGUUCACCUCAGCGGUCACAUACUGGUCUUCCCUGGCUGCUUGACCCUGCUGAGACCCCCGUCACCAUCUGAGCCUACUCAGAAGAGGCAUGACAAAGAAUUGCCUUGGUGUAAAUUUAUACAUUAUAUAAUAGAAUCAAUGGUUCAAUAAUUGAAAUGACCAUUAUUCCCAGAUCUCAGACAGUAGCCUACCCAUCAACUCAAGAUGGAACUUUGUAUCCAUUCACUGAUUGUUAUAAUAUACUGCUAAAUUCACCUCAGCUCUGUAGACUGGUCUUCCCUGGCUGUCUGACCCUGCUGGGACACCUGUCACCAUCUGAUCCUGCUAAGACAUGAUGAGCAUAGUGUUGUGUACUGACUGUGUACCAUAACAGUGAAGCCUGCAGAGCUGUUUAUACCGUGUCAGUGGGAAAAGUAGGGAAUUAUAUAGGAAAACUGACAGAUCAAUAACGUUACAUUGCUAUACUGACUCUAAUAAAAACUCACAUUGCGAUGUCAAAAAACGUCAGAAUAUCGGUCUUCAAUCAUUUGGCCGCUGGUUCCACAUACACGAAUCCAAAAAUAAAGUAUUUUUUAGGUUAUUUUAUUUUAGUUGUGAUAACACAUCUAUGUGCUUAUAACCAGGCCUCCUCAAUGUAUCUCAAAGUAAAUGGAUAGUCACGACCACUUUGGAAGAAAAUUAUUUGUUUCAUUGAUGCAAUAACAAUAAUAUGCAUGUAACUAGAAAGUAUGGUUGAAUGUAGGCUACACAUUUAGACUGAUAUAACGUGCAUAAACAAGAUACAAGAAUACUGAAGAGAAAUAUCAUAUUCUGAAUUUCUAUUUAAAUUAAUCACUACAUUUUUUUGAUCCAAGUUUAACAUAUAUUAUAUAUUCAUAUUCUGACAAAAUAAUAGUCUAUAUUCACAUUCGGACAAUUCAAAAUUGUGUAUUUUUACUGUCUUAUGGUAGUAUUAAUUAUUGUUUUAGAAAUGGCACAAAGUAGGGUAUGUAUAACCUCAGGCAGUAAAUCAAAUGAUUUACACUUGUCAUUGGACAAACCUUGCAUCUUGAGUUGGAUUGACAUAUUGUAGCUUCGUUGGCCCUUCCCUCUCUGAUGUAGUGGUAGUGUUAUUAUUUGUUAACAGCUAAUGAUAUUUGUGUCUUGGAGGUGUGCUUUGAUAUAAUGUUGCUCCCAGUCAAGGCCCAAAUCCCCGUCAUUCGCAUUAAGGAAAUACAUUGGGCGGAGAUUAUGGUGCCUUGUGAGAAUUCGUCUGCGAGUGGGUUACCCGCCUCUACCAUCCGUUCUACUAGCCAACGUGCAAUCACUGGAGAAUAAACUUAAUGAGCUCCGUUCGAGACUAUCCUACCAACGGGACAGUAAAAACCUUAAUAUCAUAUGUUUCACCGAGUCGUGGCUGAACGACGACGUGGGUAAUACACAGUUGGCUGGGUUUUCCGUUCAUCGGCAGGACAGAACAGCUAUGUCUGGUAAGACAAAGGGUGGGGGUGUGUGUCUAUAUGUCAAUAACAGCUUGUACGCGAUAACUAAAAGUAAGGUAAUCUCGAGAUAUUGCGCACAUGAGGUAGAGUACCUCAUCUACCAAGAGAGUUUUCAUCUAUAUUUUUCGUAGCCGUCUAUUUACCAUCAAAAACCGACGAUGGCACUAAGACCGCACUCAACGAGCUGUAUAAGGCUAUAAGCAAUCAAAAAAAUGCUCAUCCAGAAGCGGCACUCCUAGUGGCCGGGGACUUUAAUGCAGGCAAACUUAAAUCCGUUUUAUCUAAUAAAUCUAUAGGUGUAGACAGAUCCACAGAUGACGCAAUCUCAAUGGCACUCCACAUUGCCCUUUCCCACCUGGACAAAAGGAACACCUACAGUGAGGGAAAAAAGUGUUUGAUCCCCUGCUGAUUUUGUACGUUUGCCCACUGACAAAGAAAUGAUCAGUCUAUAAUUUUAAUGGUAGGUAUAUUUGAACAGUGAGAGACAGAAUAACAACAACAAAAAUCCAGAAAAACGCAUGUCAAAAAUGUUAUAAAUUGAUUUGCAUUUUAAUGAGGGAAAUAAGUAUUUGACCCCCUCUCAAUCAGAAAGAUUUCUGGCUUCCAGGGGCCUCAUGUAUCAAUCUUGCGUACGCACGAAAACACGGCGUACGCCAGCUUUCACGUUCACGGUCAGAUGUACUAACAGUGAAAUUAACGUAAGAAUGUGCGUUCUUCCACGUAAACUUCAGGCCUGGCGUACGUACAUUUUUGUGAUGUUUGUCCGUUGGCGACUCAUAGAGGCAAUAAAGUCAAGUGGCAAACAUUACACUACGAACUGUUCUAUCGCACCUGCCAGAUAUUGCUUAUAAUUUGUAAUUGAUAAAUGAUUUGCCAUAUUAUUGUCACACGAGUCUUAUUAGAAUAUUCUAUUAAUUAUGCAAUUAAGUAAGAACAUAUAUAAAGGAUGUGAAAAUUGAUACAACCCGUCUAGCAAUGGCAGCUUUGGCUUUAUUAGAAGACAUUUUCAAUGGACAAAUCCGGAGAGAACGAGUUUUUAGGGACCACGGUGAUUUUCUGGCCCACGACGAUGACUGGCUCAUCAGCCGUUUCAGAUUUCCAAGGGCUAUACUCUUGGAGCUCUGCGCUGAGUUGGGUCCGAAUUUGGAAAGAGAGACAGUGAGGAGCCACGCAUUACCCGUUCCUUUACAGGUGCUUACUACACUUGGUUUCCUAGCAACCGGUUCUUUCCAAAGAGAACUGGCAGACCGCUAAGGAAUAAGCCAGUCGUGUUUGAGCCGUGCAAUGCCACCUGUUUGGGACGGCAUCAUCCGCUUGUCUACCAGGUAUAUAACGUUCCCAUACGAUGCAGGUGACCAGCCAAACAUCAAAGCGCAAUUUGCAGCGAUAGCCGGUUUUCCUAAUGUAAUCGGAGCGAUCGACUGCACACAUAUUGCUAUAAAGGCGCCAUCUGAAGACGAAUUUGCAUAUGUGAAUCGGAAACAUUUCCAUUCAAUAAAUGUGCAGAUUAUAUGUGAUGCACAAAUGCGCCUAACAAAUAUUGUGGCAAGGUGGCCUGGGUCAACCCAUGAUUCAUAUAUCCUUACAAACAGCAUGGUUGGGAUGAGACUCCAAGCUGGCAGGGUGCGCGAUGGGUGGCUACUUGGUAAGUUAUGCAUUUAAAUGUAUGGUUCUAUCUAAAAGUAAAAUGUUUGUGUCUGUAAUUAUUAUUACUGCCCAUCAGGAGACAGUGGUUAUCCACUAAAGACGUGGCUGUUAACCCCCCUCACCAACCCACAAACUGACCGAGAGCGCAGAUACAAUGAUGCCCAUUCCCGCACUCGGUCAGUUGUGGAGCGGGCGAUUGGGCAGCUGAAAUGUCGGUGGCGCUGCCUUGACAGGACCGGGGGGAUGCUGUUAUACCGCCCUGACAAGGUUUGCCGCAUCAUACUGGCCUGUGGAGUGCUGCACAAUGUCGCGCACAGGCAUGGCAUACCCCUUGGUGAGGUGGGGGCACCGCCAGAUGACCCUGACCCAGGACCAGUAUAUGUGCAGCACAAUCAACAAGCCAUUCAGGCCCGUCAACGUGUAAUUGCGACAAUAUAAAUGGUACUCAGACACAAAGUUCAUUUUUUGACCAAUUCUUUUAAUGAAUGGCUUAUUUCUGUGAGUGCGUCAGUGACAUUUUUAAGGUGACUGUUCAUUUCUUCAAUGGCCCUAACAAUUUGUUGUUGUGACUCCAGAACAGCAUGCGUCAAGACACGGCCAGAUGGACGGGCUUCAGCACUGGGGGGAACAUUAGAGACACGGGAGACGCUGGACUGAAUGGGCUCUGGCUGCUCAGGUGGUGCGGACUCUGAGUGCGUGCCAGUGCACGUUCCUGCGGUUCCUAAGUCCAAUUAAACACAGGCACAUCUUAACAGUAAUUUGAGUCUGUUCCUUAUUAAUGGGUACACGCAUUUGCAAUAAAAGCAGUGGAUACGUGAAAUCUCUGGUGUACCUUUUGCUAUAUUGCAUGCAUUUUAAAAUUAAACGGUGGCUGGCUAUGUAUAUCAAAGUUAAGGAAAUAAAUCUGAGUCACCUUGCUGGCAGUCCUGUAGUAUAUCCGAGUCUCCUACAUCAGCGGAUACGAUUCCAGAGAUUAACGUGUCUCCUACAAUUGAGGCAACUCUCUGAUCAAAGGGUGCAAGUUCAUCGGUCCCUGUACCACCGCCUGUUCUGCCCACACUUUGUUGGUGCGCAGCAGUUCUCCGCUUAACUUCCACCUUUAUGUCUGACCAUUUCUUCUUCAGUUCAUUUACGGUGCGACUCUCAGAUCCCACCGCGUUGACGGCAUCAGACAAACUCGCCCACUCUUUUUUCUUUAUUUUCUUAUUAACUCCAGAGGACAGAUUUCCAAAUAAAAUAUUUUUUCUUGUUUCUACCUCUGAUAGUAGCACCUCUAAUUCGUUUUCAGUGAAAUUUCGUUUCUUGCUUGCUUUAGCCAUGUUCUUGCAGGUUUCUUUUGCCAAAUUGGACUAAUUACCAUAUUUAAAUUGAUUUAAUUGAGGGAGGAGACAGGGUGUGGUGUGGUGCUCGUGCAUGUGCGCUCAAUUUCGCGUUGAUUGGGAUGUACAAAGAGAAUGUAUGUGGAAUGCUGCGUACGCAGAGAUUCAUACAUCAGAUUUUUUUGGUGCGUACGCACAUUUAUGGCUUUGUCCGUACGCAAUGUUUUAGUAUGAAUUCAACGCAAGUCUUUGUACAUGAGGCCCCAGGUGUCUUUUAUACAGGUAACGAGCUGAGAUUAGGAGCACACUCUUAAAGGGAGUGCUUCUAAUCUCAGCUUGUUACCUGUAUAAAAGACACCUGUCCACAGAAUCAAUCAAUCAAUCAGAUUCCAAACUCUCCACCAUGGCCAAGACCAAAGAGCUCUCCAAGGUUGUCAGGGACAAGAUUGUAGACCUACACAAGGCUGGAAUGGGCUACAAGACCAUCGCCAAGAAGUUUGGUGAGAAGGUGACAACAGUUGGUGUGAUUAUUCUCAAAUGGAAAAAACACAAAAGACCUGUCAAUCUCCCUCGGCCUGGGGCUCCAUGCAAGAUCUCACCUCGUGGAGUUGCAAUGAUCAUGAGAACGGUGAGGAAUCAGCCCAUAACUACACAGGAGGAUCUAGUCAAUGAUCUCAAGGCAGCUGGGACCAUAGUCACCAAGAAAACAAUUGAUAACACACUACACCAUGAAGGACUGAAAUCCUGCAGCGCCCGCAAGAUCCCCCUGCUCAAGAAAGCAAAUAUACAUGCCCGUCUGAAGUUUGCCAAUGAACAUCUGAAUGAUUCAGAGGAGAACUGGGUGAAAGUGUUGUGGUCAGAUGAGACCAAAAUCGAGCUCUUUGGCCUCAACUCAACUCGCAGUGUUUGGAGGAGGAGGAAUGCUGCCUAUGACCCCAAGAACACCAUCCCCACAGUCAAACAUGGAGGUGGAAACAUUAUGCUUUGUGGGUCUUUUUCUGCUCAGGGGACAGGACAACUUCACCGCAUCGAUGGACGAUGGACGGGGCCAUGUACCGUCAAAUCUUGGGUGAGAACCUCCUUCCCUCAGCCAGGGCAUUGAAAAUGGGUCGUGGAUGGGUAUUCCAGCAUUACAUUGACCCAAAAUACGCGGCCAAGGCAACAAAGGAGUGGCUCAAGAAGAAGCACAUUAAGGUCCUGGAGUGGCCUAGCCAGUCUCCAGACCUUAAUCCCAUAGAAAAUCUGUGGAGGGAGCUGAAGGUUCGAGUUGCCAAAUGUCAGCCUCGAAACCUUAAUGACUUGGAGAAGAUAUGCAAAGAGGAGUGGGACAAAAUUCCUCCUGAAAUGUGUGCAAACCUGGUGGCCAACUACAAUAAACGUCUGACCUCUGGUAUUGCUGACAAGGGUUUUGCCACCAAGUACUAAGUCAUGUUUUGCAGAGGGGUCAAAUACUUAUUUCCCUCAUUAAAAUGCAAAUCAAUUCAUAACUUUUUUGACAUGCGUUUUUCUGGAUUUUGUUGUUGUUAUUCUGUCUCUCACUGUUCGAAUAAAUCUACCAUUAAAAUUAUAGACUGAUAAUUUCUUUGUCAGUGGGCAAACGUACAAAAUCAGCAGGGGAUCAAAUACUUUUUUCCCCUCACUGUAUGUCCACAUAACGGCAGCCUGGAGAAAUAUAACAGGUGAUCUAGACUUAGAUCCUGUUUUUAUUUUUAUAUACUUCUAUAGGUACUAUUAAGAAAAUGGACGACUCAACACAAUUCAUGUCAUUUAUACUAGCUGGAUAUAGUGACAGUGGACAUUUAAAGUACUUGUAUUUCAUUAUAAUAACUGUCUUAUACGUCUCAACACAGUGCUUAUUGUAGUUAUUUGUAUGGAGAGAAGCCUUCAUGAACCCAUGUAUCUGUUUCUGUGCAGUUUGUUUGUGAAUGACUUGUAUUAUAUUGCUGGUUUGUUUCCUGCUCUCAUGACUCAUUUGGUUUCAGAUGACCAUGCAGUUUCCGCUGUGUACUGUUACCUACAGAUCUUUUGCAUGUACACAUAUGGAUCUAUUGAAUUCAGCAAUUUAGCAGCCAUGUCCUAUGACAGGUACCUUGCUAUAUGUUAUCCACUACAGUACAACAACAUCAUUACACCCAACAGGGUGUGUAUUUUAUUUGUGUAAUAUGGUUGUACUCUUUUGCAAGAAGCAUCAUAACACUGUCUUUAACUAUUUGUUUGCAAUUGUGUGGGAAUGUUAUAGACAAAGUGUAUUUUGACAACUACCUGGUAGUAAAACUCAGCUGUUCAACAUCAGACACGACAGUUAAUAACAUCUAUGGACUCUGUGGUAUUGUUUUGACUGUCGCUGUCCCAUUAAUUACUAUUGUGUUCUCUUAUAUUAAGAUUCUGACUAUUUGUUUGAAAUCUUCCAUCGAGACCAGACAGAAAGCUUUCAGCACCUGUACUCCUCAUCUGGCUUCGCUGCUCAACUUCUCAUUCGGCUGUUUCUUAAAUCUGCUCCAGAGUAGAUUUGAUAGGCCUAUGAGAAAUGUUCCAACUGUACUUCUCACUAUUUUAUCAGUGUACUUUCUGAUGUGCCAGCCACUUUUAAAUCCUAUUGUGUAUGGAGUUAGGAUGGCUAAAAUCAGACAGGCUUGUAAACACAUACUACCUGUAGGUCUGUACCCUAAAACAUAAGCUAAACAUUAGUGUGACCUUUUCUGUCCUGAUUGUUCGAUUUUUGUGAUGUUGACUUGUGUGUUUUGUUACUUAUAGGUGCAAUAAUGAAUGGGGGUGAGGAUGGUGAAAAUCAGACUUGUAAAACAUUUGCUGAUAUGUAUAGUAUUGUCAUUUACCUUUUAUUCACUUGCUGAUCUCUAUUGACUAUCUGUCCCUCAAAGAAUGUACUUUAAAAUUAACUUCCUUGUCUACAAAGCCCUAAAUUGAAUUGGAUCAGCCUACCUGUCAGACCUAUGAACCUCCACGCACCCUAAGUUUAAACCACGUCAAGCUGCUGAAUGCCGGCAGGACCUGGAUACAUACAAUGGAGGGCCGUUUAUUUUGCUCCCACGCACCACGCCUUUGGAACUCCCUUCCUGACAAUCUCAGGGCUGUUCAGACUGUUGGGGCCUUUAAAGCAGGCCUUAAGACUCAGCUCUAUAAGCCUUCCAAUCCUCCUAGACUUUGAUUGUUGCUUUCAUGAUUUGGUUAUAUAUAUUUUGUACUCUUUUUUUAGUUCGUUUUUUAUUUUAUGCAAUUUGAGAUUAUAAUUUUAUAAUGAAAAACACUUUACAAAGGUAAUAAAUUAUUUUCAUUAUUUAAAUUUAAAAAAACAGAAGUUCAUUACUUUGAAUUCCUUACUUAAAUUGAUAGUUUUGCCAGAGGUUGCUGUAUCUAAGUCUGUAACAAAUCUAGAAAUGCAAAACUGUCUGGAUCGAUUGACAACAGUGGACAAGCUGAUGUAAAUGUGUAAAAGGUAAGCCCACCUGGCACCAUUACAUCCAUCACUAAUGGAAAAUAAAGCCCUGUACAGUACAUACAAGCUUGGGGAUUGUUUGACAUUUUGAGAGAGAAAUCUAAGGAAAUACUGUAGCAUGAAAACAAACUAUAUUCUGUCUGAAAUGCAGAUGCAUGUCAUGUUUUCUGAGGAACAACCGUUCUAUGUAACAUGAUAUCUGUGUGCCAGCUAUCUGUCAGAUGACUAGCUUUCUUAUUCCUCAGAAAGGCAACUACCUGGGACACAAGAGAAACCUGUUGCCUAUUUUGGAUAGCUUAUUCUGUCCUAACAAAUUCCAGAUAAUUCCUUGAUAAUAACAAAUAUACUGCAUAUACUGUAUUUCGUUUUAAUUGAGAAAUCGGACGACGCGCACCACUGGCUUGGUGCGGGGAGCAGGAACGGGCCGUACCGGACUGGCGACGCGCACCACUGGCUUGGUGCGAGGGACAGGAACAGGCCGGACCGGGCUGGCGACGCGCACCACUGGCUUGGUGCGAGGGGCAGGAACAGGCCGGGCUGGACUGGGAACACGCACCACUGGCUUGGUGCGGGGAGCAGGAACGGGCCGGACUGGGCUGACGACGCGCACCACUGGCUUGGUGCGGGGAGCACGAAUGGGCCGGACUGGGCUGGGAACACCCACCACUAGCUUAGUGCGGGAAUCAGGAACGGGCCGGACCGGACUGGCGACACGCACCACUUGAUUGCUGCCUAACCAGCUCCUCUCGGCGUGCAUCUACACCUUCCUUCUGCUCCCUCUGCACCAAUGACCCCCUUAAUCUGGCGGCCUCCUCUGCUAACCGGCUGAACCGCUCUAUCGCGGCCUCCUGCUGCCUCGUCGUCCACGGCGUGAGCCCCCCCCCCCCCCCCCCCCCUAAAAAAUGUUUGGGCUUGUCUCUCCCCUGUGCUCAUGGCCUCCAUCCCUCUAGCCAGACUCUCUCUCAUCUCCUCCCACGUCCAUCCUCUCUCCUCGUCACGCUGCUUGAUCCAGGGUCGGUGGGAUCUUCUGUCACGCUCGUAUACAGAAGACACGGACCAAGGCGCAGCGUGAUAAGCGUACAUUUUAUUUGUACUGACACACAAACAAAAACAACAAACCAACGAUACGUGAAGUCCUAGGUUAACACAAAACAAACCUUACAGAACAAGAUCCCACACUGACUAGUGCCAAACAGACUGCCUAAGUAUUGUCCCCAAUCAGAGACAACGAGAUACAGCUGCCUCUGAUUGGGAACCACCCUGGCCAACAUAGAUCUAAACGAUCUAGAACAAAACAUAAAAAACUAUAACAUAGAGACUCCACACCCUGGCUCAACAUUUAAGAGUCCCCAGAGCCAGGGCGUGACAUUUCAAUAGGCCCACAGCCUCAAGUCGCACUUCUGUACCAUAGGUGUGGGUACUCUCGAUUUCUCUGAGCAGGUGGAUGAUGCUGUCCAGAGAUUUUAUAAUGACACUCACCGUGGCUAGAUGACCAGUCCAUCGCUGCUCAAACAGCCGUUUCAGUUUCUCUCCCGUAUUUUGCGCAGCCACAGUUGGUUUCCUGAGAAACUUGUAAAGGGAAUUACACACAUUAAAAAAGUCAUCCAAUGCACCCUCAGAGGACAUAGCGUGCACUAUGACUCAAUGCAGCUGGUGGUUAAAGCAAUGCACAUACGGCACUUCCCGAUUCAGCUUGUCCUGCACUAUCCUUUGCAUGCCCCCAUGUUUACCAAACAUCACACUGGCCCUCAUCAUAACAUUGACUAAUAAUCUUCUCGGUGCUAAGGCCAAGAUUUGUUAGCUCUGACAGGACCAUGUUAGUCAGCGAUAAAGCAUCACAUACUCAUUGCCAUUGAGAGUAGCCGCUCAGAAACACGAUUGUUUUCGUCCACGUAAUGGAAUACAAUUGAAAUGUUCUCACACCCGGUUGGGUCUUUAGUCCCAUCCACUUUAAGUGUGUACCAUGAAUCACCUACUUCUUUUACAAUUUCCUCUGUGACUACCUCACUCAUGAGCCCAAUUAUUUCGUUCUGGAUGUCAUGAGAUGUGUAUGUGGCAUUGCGGGGAAUUGUGCUUAAGGCACUAGCAAGUUCCUUGUCUUUCCUGAGCGUAUAAUCUAAUAUCGCCAGGAAUAUUCCAACGCCCCCUCCCCUCUUGCAUCCAUCGCAUCCAAAGUUCCCCUGAGAGGAAGCUUGUUGACAGCAAGAAAUUCCACAAUGUCCACAAUCAAUGACAAAUACAUACGAUUUCUUGCAAGCUGAGCAGAAUUCACAAGUGUUGAAAUUUCCGCUCCCAGCGCAUUCCUUGCGUGUCUUUCUGUCCAAAGUACCAUGCAUUUCAAAUGUUCUUUGUUUGAUGCGUGCCUCCCCAGUCCCUUGUUGCUAUCAAUGGCAUGUCGCCAGUUAUUAUAUCCAGUUCGGAUGAAUGCCUUAUCGGCGUUAGCAUUGGAGCCGAUGUUACAUUUUCGACAAGGAUAGCAGAAAGCUGCAUUUGACUGGCAGGAAUAUUCCAGCCACUCUCUGCCUUUGAACCACGUGCUACAAAAUGCACGUUUUCUCCCACAGUAAAGGCUGGUUGGGUAUUUCCCCAGACAAACCUGCGCUGGCUCCUCAUCACCGAGGUCGUCAGGCACUAACGGAGGUGUCGGUGCUUGUAAUAUCCUGGCGGUGCUGCUGCUAGAUUCGGUUUUGGCGGCUGCAGGCCCCUCCUCGGGUUGGUUACCUCCUAUGUCACCAGGCUGCAAGACGGUUGCGUAGGUGCCUUUGCUGCUGGCUCGGCAGCCUUGGCCUCUGUGAUUAGCGUCUGCUUGGCCUCUCUGGCAGGCUUCUCCCCCUCCCCUACACUUUGAUCCGAUGCUGCCGUUGUGCCCUGGCGAAGCCACUUUCUAAUAUCCAUCAUGCUAUCAGCUACCUACCUAACUGUUAACAUUAGCUAAAUUCCAUCCAGCUGCAAGGUGAAUUAUUUAUUUUUUCUUCUUACUACAUAACUUUGAAAGUAAACCUGAAAGUAAAUUGACCCCAGCCUUCUACUGUGAAGGCCAAUCAAAAUUUGUUUUUCUUCAACUGGUAAAACGUGUAUGAUGUACGUGUGAUUCUUGCAAGGGAGAUGCAUGAAUGAAGCAUACACAACAAAUUGGUUGGGCAUGACGGAGGGGGCAGAUUGUGGGACAGAAUAGGGAUACAAAACUGAGGGGGCACAAUAUUCAAACUAAGGGGUCAUUGCCCACUUUUGCACCCUCGUGGCGCCGGGCCUGGGACGUCCCCUGUUUGCUGGGUUAAUACAUCAAUAGAGUAAAUAGAAUCAAAUGAGUUGCUUGUUAUAAACUAAAUAUAGAUCCAUCUCUAUGGAUUGGAUACAUGUUGACACUGAAACUACAAUCCCAUGUGAGCAUACACUAUGAUAUAUUUAGAGGCUAGCAGGACAAGUAAUUGGAGCACUAUCCCUCUGUCAAGCAAUACAUUUCAUGGACACAAGUCUCUUCAAUUCUUUCACACCUCAGAAGUCUGAUAAUGUACGGACAUUAUCGGGAUCUUAAUUUUUUUGGAAUAAGAGUUUGAGGGAGGAUGUGAAUUUGUUUUGUUAAAACUAUUGUGUUUAGUCUGAGCCUAAACAGAAUCAAAUGAUUCACACUUGAAUUCAUUCACAUCCAUACACACUCAAGCCUUGUAAGGACUAAGAAUUGCUGCAUUGACCAAAGGAAGAAAAUUAACAAAAGAUAUGGGGAACUCAACCCAAGUCAAGUUAUUUUAUCUCUUUGGCUUACAAGAGACAUUUAACAACAAAUCGGUCUAUUUUAUCUUGUCUCUUAUCACAUACCUUCUCAUCAUCACUGUGAAUUUGACUCUGAUCAUAACAAUCAUUCAGGAGAAAGGCCUCCAUGAGCCUAUGUAUAUAUUUCUGUGUAGUCUAUGUGUCAAUGGAUUGUAUGGAACUGCUGGUUUCUACCCCAAGUUCUUACUCGACCUUCAGUCAGAUGUUCAGGUGAUAUCUUAUGGUGGAUGUUUUACUCAAGCCUAUGUAAUAUACACAUCUCUCCUGUGUGAAAUUUCUACUCUAACAGUGAUGUCUUACGACAGGUAUGUGGCAAUAUGCAGACCACUACUAUACCAUAACAUUGUGACAUCUUUAACUGUUAGAAAGUUACUUUUAUUUUCUUGGUGUUAUCCUUUAUUUAUAGGACUCAUAUCACUUAGUUUAGCCGUCAGAAUUCCUUUGUGUGGAUCUCGCAUUGAUAAAAUAUUCUGUGACGUUCCAUCUAUACUGAAACAUGCAUGUUAUGACAUUACCAUCAAUCAGAUUCUGAACAAAUGUAUAAUAUGUGUUCAUGUUUUACAGUUAUUUUUAAUUGUAUUUUCUUACUGUCAGAUUGUAAGGACUUGUGUAAAGUCAGCUAAGGGAAGGAUUAAGUUCACACAGACAUGUGUGCCACAUUUAAUAACAAUGGUUAUUUACAUCACAGUGACCCUGUUUGACACUCUGCAAGGGUGGUAUAGUAAUGUCAAUAUUACAGUAAAUAUGCGUAAUGCAAUGGCUGUACAAUUCCUUGUUGUACCACCUGUCUUAAACCCUGUCAUAUAUGGACUUAACCUCCAGCAGAUCCGAAGGGCAGUUUUUAGAAAAUGUAAAGCACAUAAAAUCAUUGAUGUGAAACGUUAGUUACAUAAUCUUACAUAGCAGGGAGACUUCCUGAUAUCAGAAGUCAACAAAAAUAACAACACCUGGCAGGGGGUCUUGGUGUCCUCCCAAAUUUUUGGGGGGCAUCUAAUGCUAAUUUCCUGCAUUUCUGCUAGUGCUUACCCGACCAAAAAUAAUCUUGGUCAACCAAGAGUAGUCUUUUCUUUCGACCAAUCGAUUUGUCAACAUUUCUAAACAUGUGAAUUUUUCUUACCAUUUCUACCAGUCUGCAUACCAGUUAUAAUUUUCAUAUGCACAUUAUCGUGGAAAAUCUUUUAAUUUAUAAUAGUCUUUGUAUCUCAAAAUCAUUGUCUGUGGUUAAUCUACAAUCUUAAUCUAAAUGAAAAUUAUACAAAUAAAAAAAAGUAACUUUUAUUGCCAUUGCCAACUAUAUAAAAAUAGCCUACAAAAAGCCAACACGUAAAAACAUUGCAGCCUGCAGGCAGAAAAUAUCCUGAUAAAAAUACAUAUCCUAUGAAUCAUGUUGUCUACGCAUGACCUGUAUGCAACGAACUCAAGACAUUGUAUCAACUAUCAACUGGGUCAGGUAUUUUAUUAUGUUUCCACUGGAUCAGGUCAUUAUAUCUUUCCCUUUCAUGCCGAGUGGUUAUCGAAGGGAGAGAGAUGGAAAUAUUGUUCAAAUACUUUGAGGAACUAUUGUCAUUCUCAUUUGAUUCUAAAAACAUACUUUAUUUACUUGCUGUUUGAGGUGAAGAAAAUUUACUUUGAGAAGCUCCACAGCUCAUUAGUGGUGGUGAGUUAAGACAAUCAGAUAUACUAUCAGACAUCCCCAAAUGGGCACAUUUAUAGGCCUACAUUUGCACGCAGGCUAGGUAGACUAGUCCUACUUCUAUAUGGUUAAUCAGGUGCGAGUCCUUACUCAACAUUGACAGGACAGUUUCAAACAAAAAAUGAUGAAUAAAUUGACAAGACUCGUUAAAAGGAAUAAAAUAAACAAUAACUGGUUUCUCACAAGUGUAGUAUAGGUUGUGAGUUCUGCAAAACACAUGUCCACUCUGACAUUGAGAAUGGUAAAUGACCUUAAUAAUAAUAUAUAAUGCAUUAACAGAAAUAAACCUUGCAGAUUAGAAAUGAUGGGAAUUAAUGUUAAAUGUAGGCUACUACUGGUGCUAUUUGUAAUGGGGUAUUGAUAGACAUAGCAAACAAUGCACACAAUCAAGUUAUGAAACACUGAAUACCCACUAAAUGGCAGGAGAGAGCGCAUUCUGGAGAGAGACGUGCCUUAUGCGUCUGAGCCACAAUCCCCAUAUUCUUGGACCGUGGCAUCCCUGUGGCCUCCUCAAUGGAUUAGUCCACUGAGACAGGCGCAAAUCAGAUAGGUGUCUCGUGUGCCAUAAAAAAAAGGUAUAUUUGUGACUGCUUGACUAAAGAAAAUCUAAUGUUUUCAUUACAGACACCUUUUGUCAUACAGUAUUCCAUAAGGCACCCAGACCUUAUCAAAGUUGCAGAGUAUACCCUUAAUCUAGUAAUAAAUCAAAUCUAGUGAAACAUGAUUUGACAUUUCUGCCAUCCAUUGUGACAUUGUUGUAGGAUAACCAACCUUCCAAUUUUAUGGCAAUGCAUUUCUUAGCUACUAUAAAUGCUACGGUUACACAGUUUCUUCUUAUAACAGCCUCCAGUAUCAACAUUUCCAAGCAAACAAAAACAGGGAAAGUGAGAAUCUGUAGACAUGCAGAGACAAAAGAACAUAGUCUUUGCCAGAAAUCAGCCAGCCUUCACAAGAUCAUAACAUAUGCAAAUAUGUCCCCUGUUGUGUUUUACAACUCCAGCGGAGGAAUUACAUUUCUGUGCAUGAUAUUCAGUUUAACUGUCAUAUAGUAUGUUCUAUGGAUGGUCUUAAACUGCAAUAAUUUAGGUCUGAGAUUAUAUGAACAUGAAGGCAUUCAAACAUAUCUGUAUCCAUUCAUCAUCAUCAAAAGCGUCUCCCAGGUCUUCCUCACAGUUUUGUGUCAUCAGGAAAAGCCUCUAUCAACCCUUGAAACAGUUAGGAAAUCAACUUUAGAGGUUUGUCAGACUGCCUUAAAAUGGUUUCAAUCUUUGAAGCUUCUGGCUUGUCCAGUGCUUGCUGCACCGAGAGAAGAAAGUGUUGCAUCUGAAAAAGUUCACCUCAGCGGUCACAUACUGGUCUUCCCUGGCUGCUUGACCCUGCUGAGACCCCCGUCACCAUCUGAGCCUACUCAGAAGAGGCAUGACAAAGAAUUGCCUUGGUGUAAAUUUAUACAUUAUAUAAUAGAAUCAAUGGUUCAAUAAUUGAAAUGACCAUUAUUCCCAGAUCUCAGACAGUAGCCUACCCAUCAACUCAAGAUGGAACUUUGUAUCCAUUCACUGAUUGUUAUAAUAUACUGCUAAAUUCACCUCAGCUCUGUAGACUGGUCUUCCCUGGCUGUCUGACCCUGCUGGGACACCUGUCACCAUCUGAUCCUGCUAAGACAUGAUGAGCAUAGUGUUGUGUACUGACUGUGUACCAUAACAGUGAAGCCUGCAGAGCUGUUUAUACCGUGUCAGUGGGAAAAGUAGGGAAUUAUAUAGGAAAACUGACAGAUCAAUAACGUUACAUUGCUAUACUGACUCUAAUAAAAACUCACAUUGCGAUGUCAAAAAACGUCAGAAUAUCGGUCUUCAAUCAUUUGGCCGCUGGUUCCACAUACACGAAUCCAAAAAUAAAGUAUUUUUUAGGUUAUUUUAUUUUAGUUGUGAUAACACAUCUAUGUGCUUAUAACCAGGCCUCCUCAAUGUAUCUCAAAGUAAAUGGAUAGUCACGACCACUUUGGAAGAAAAUUAUUUGUUUCAUUGAUGCAAUAACAAUAAUAUGCAUGUAACUAGAAAGUAUGGUUAAAUGUAGUCUACACAUUUAGACUGAUAUAACGUGCAUAAACAAGAUACAAGAAUACUGAAGAGAAAUAUCAUAUUCUGAAUUUCUAUUUAAAUUAAUCACUACAUUUUUUUGAUCCAAGUUUAACAUAUAUUAUAUAUUCAUAUUCUGACAAAAUAAUAGUCUAUAUUCACAUUCGGACAAUUCAAAAUUGUGUAUUUUUACUGUCUUAUGGUAGUAUUAAUUAUUGUUUUAGCAAUGGCACAAAGUAGGGUAUGUAUAACCUCAGGCAGUAAAUCAAAUGAUUUACACUUGUCAUUGGACAAACCUUGCAUCUUGAGUUGGAUUGACAUAUUGUAGCUUCGUUGGCCCUUCCCUCUCUGAUGUAGUGGUAGUGUUAUUAUUUGUUAACAGCUAAUGAUAUUUGUGUCUUGGAGGUGUGCUUUGAUAUAAUGUUGCUCCCAGUCAAGGCCCAAAUCCCCGUCAUUCGCAUUAAGGAAAUACAUUGGGCGGAGAUUAUGGUGCCUUGUGAGAAUUCGUCUGCGAGUGGGUUACCCGCCUCUACCAUCCGUUCUACUAGCCAACGUGCAAUCACUGGAGAAUAAACUUAAUGAGCUCCGUUCGAGACUAUCCUACCAACGGGACAGUAAAAACCUUAAUAUCAUAUGUUUCACCGAGUCGUGGCUGAACGACGACGUGGGUAAUACACAGUUGGCUGGGUUUUCCGUUCAUCGGCAGGACAGAACAGCUACGUCUGGUAAGACAAAGGGUGGGGGUGUGUGUCUAUUUGUCAAUAACAGCUUGUACGCGAUAACUAAAAGUAAGGUAAUCUCGAUAUAUUGCGCACAUGAGGUAGAGUACCUCAUCUACCAAGAGAGUUUUCAUCUAUAUUUUUCGUAGCCGUCUAUUUACCAUCAAAAACCGACGAUGGCACUAAGACCGCACUCAACGAGCUGUAUAAGGCUAUAAGCAAUCAAAAAAAUGCUCAUCCAGAAGCGGCACUCCUAGUGGCCGGGGACUUUAAUGCAGGCAAACUUAAAUCAGUUUUAUCUAAUGUGCAACCACAUGUGCAACCAGAGAAAAAAAUAACUCUAGACCACCUUUACUCCACACACAGAGACACGUACAAAGCUCUCCCUCGCCCUCCAUUUGACAAAUCUGACCAUAGUUCUAUCCUCCUGAUUCCUGCUUACAAGCAAAACUAAAGCAAGAAGUACCAGUGACUCGCUCAAUAUGGAAGUUAUCAGAUGACGCGGACGCUACGCUACAGGACUGUUUUGCUAGCACAGACUAGAAUAUGUUCCGGGAUUCAUCCAAUGGCAUUGAGGAGUAUACCACCUCAGUCACCGGCUUCAUCAAUAAGUGCAUCGACGACGUCGUCCCAACAAUGACCGUACGUACAUAACCCAACCAGAAGCCAUGGACUACAUGCAACAUCCUCAUUGAGCUAAAGGCUAGAGCUUCCGCAUUCAAGGAGCGGGACACUAAUCCGGACGCUUAUAAGAAAUCCCACAAAUGCCCUCAGAUGAACAAUCAAACAAGCAAAGCGUCACUACAGGACUAAGAUUGAAUCCUACUGGUAAUACGCAGCCGAUGAGAGCAAGACCUUUAAACAGGUCAACAUUCACAAGGCUGAGGGGCCAGACGGAUUACCAGUACCUGUACUCAGAGCAUGUGCGGAUCAGCUGGCAAGUGUCUUCACUGACAUUUUCAAACUCUCCCUGACCGAGACUGUAAUACCUACAUGUUUCAAGCAGAGCACCAUAGUCCCUGUGCCCAAGAAAGCGAAGGUAACCUGCCUAAAUGACUACUGCUCCAUAGCACUCACGUCGGUAGCAAUGAAGUGCUUUGAAAGGCUGGUCAUGGCUCACAUCAACACCAUCAUCCCGGAAACCCUAGACCCACUCCAAUUCGCAUACUGCCCCAACAGAUCCACAGAUGACGCAAUCUCAAUUGCACUCCACAUUGCCCUUUCCCACCUGGACAAAAGGAACACCUACAGUGAGGGAAAAAAGUGUUUGAUCCCCUGCUGAUUUUGUACGUUUGCCCACUGACAAAGAAACUAUCAGUCUAUAAUUUUAAUGGUAGGUAUAUUUGAACAGUGAGAGACAGAAUAACAACAACAAAAAUCCAGAAAAACGCAUGUCAAAAAUGUUAUAAAUUGAUUUGCAUUUUAAUGAGGGAAAUAAGUAUUUGACCCCCUCUCAAUCAGAAAGAUUUCUGGCUUCCAGGUGUCUUUUAUACAGGUAACGAGCUGAGAUUAGGAGCACACUCUUAAAGGGAGUGCUUCUAAUCUCAGCUUGUUACCUGUAUAAAAGACACCUGUCCACAGAAGCAAUCAAUCAAUCAGAUUCCAAACUCUCCACCAUGGCCAAGACCAAAGAGCUCUCCAAGGUUGUCAGGGACAAGAUUGUAGACCUACACAAGGCUGGAAUGGGCUACAAGACCAUCGCCAAGAAGUUUGGUGAGAAGGUGACAACAGUUGGUGUGAUUAUUCUCAAAUGGAAAAAACACAAAAGACCUGUCAAUCUCCCUCGGCCUGGGGCUCCAUGCAAGAUCUCACCUCGUGGAGUUGCAAUGAUCAUGAGAACGGUGAGGAAUCAGCCCAUAACUACACAGGAGGAUCUAGUCAAUGAUCUCAAGGCAGCUGGGACCAUAGUCACCAAGAAAACAAUUGAUAACACACUACACCAUGAAGGACUGAAAUCCUGCAGCGCCCGCAAGAUCCCCCUGCUCAAGAAAGCAAAUAUACAUGCCCGUCUGAAGUUUGCCAAUGAACAUCUGAAUGAUUCAGAGGAGAACUGGGUGAAAGUGUUGUGGUCAGAUGAGACCAAAAUCGAGCUCUUUGGCCUCAACUCAACUCGCAGUGUUUGGAGGAGGAGGAAUGCUGCCUAUGACCCCAAGAACACCAUCCCCACAGUCAAACAUGGAGGUGGAAACAUUAUGCUUUGUGGGUCUUUUUCUGCUCAGGGGACAGGACAACUUCACCGCAUCGAUGGACGAUGGACGGGGCCAUGUACCGUCAAAUCUUGGGUGAGAACCUCCUUCCCUCAGCCAGGGCAUUGAAAAUGGGUCGUGGAUGGGUAUUCCAGCAUUACAUUGACCCAAAAUACACGGCCAAGGCAACAAAGGAGUGGCUCAAGAAGAAGCACAUUAAGGUCCUGGAGUGGCCUAGCCAGUCUCCAGACCUUAAUCCCAUAGAAAAUCUGUGGAGGGAGCUGAAGGUUCGAGUUGCCAAAUGUCAGCCUCGAAACCUUAAUGACUUGGAGAAGAUAUGCAAAGAGGAGUGGGACAAAAUUCCUCCUGAAAUGUGUGCAAACCUGGUGGCCAACUACAAUAAACGUCUGACCUCUGGUAUUGCUGACAAGGGUUUUGCCACCAAGUACUAAGUCAUGUUUUGCAGAGGGGUCAAAUACUUAUUUCCCUCAUUAAAAUGCAAAUCAAUUCAUAACUUUUUUGACAUGCGUUUUUCUGGAUUUUUUUGUUGUUAUUCUGUCUCUCACUGUUCAAAUAAAUCUACCAUUAAAAUUAUAGACUGAUAAUUUCUUUGUCAGUGGGCAAACGUACAAAAUCAGCAGGGGAUCAAAUACUUUUUUCCCCUCACUGUAUGUCCACAUAACGGAAGCCUGGAGAAAUAUAACAGGUGAUCUAGACUUAAAUCCUGUUUUUAUUUUUAUAUACUUCUAUAGGUACUAUUAAGAAAAUGGAGAACUCAACACAAUUCAUGUCAUUUAUACUAGCUGGAUAUAGUGACAGUGGACAUUUAAAGUACUUGUAUUUCAUUAUAAUAACUGUCUUAUACGUCUCAACACAGUGCUUAUUGUAGUUAUUUGUAUGGAGAGAAGCCUUCAUGAACCCAUGUAUCUGUUUCUGUGCAGUUUGUUUGUGAAUGACUUGUAUUAUAUUGCUGGUUUGUUUCCUGCUCUCAUGACUCAUUUGGUUUCAGAUGACCAUGCAGUUUCCGCUGUGUACUGUUACCUACAGAUCUUUUGCAUGUACACAUAUGGAACUAUUGAAUUCAGCAAUUUAGCAGCCAUGUCCUAUGACAGGUACCUUGCUAUAUGUUAUCCACUACAGUAUAACAACAUCAUUACACCCAACAGGGUGUGUAUUUUAUUUGUGUAAUAUGGUUGUACUCUUUUGCAAGAAGCAUCAUAACACUGUCUUUAACUAUUUGUUUGCAAUUGUGUGGGAAUGUUAUAGACAAAGUGUAUUGUGACAACUACCUGGUAGUAAAACUCAGCUGUUCAACAUCAGACACGACAGUUAAUAACAUCUAUGAACUCUGUGGUAUUGUUUUGACUGUCGCUGUCCCUUUAAUUACUAUUGUGUCCUCUUAUAUUAAGAUUCUGACUAUUUGUUUGUAAUCUUCCAUCGAGACCAGACAGAAAGCUUUCAGCACCUGUACUCCUCAUCUGGCUUCGCUGCUCAACUUCUCAUUCGGCUGUUUUUUAAAUGUGCUCCAGAGUAGAUUUGAUAGGCCUAUGAGAAAUGUUCCAACUGUACUUCUCACUAUUUUAUCAGUGUACUUUCUGAUGUGCCAGCCACUUUUAAAUCCUAUUGUGUAUGGAGUUAGGAUGGCUAAAAUCAGACAGGCUUGUAAACACAUACUACCUGUAGGUCUGUACCCUAAAACAUAAGCUAAACAUUAGUGUGACCUUUUCUGUCCUGAUUGUUCGAUUUUUGUGAUGUUGACUUGUGUGUUUUGUUACUUAUAGGUGCAAUAAUGAAUGGGGGUGAGGAUGGUGAAAAUCAGACGUAAAACAUUUGCUGAUAUGUAUAGUAUUGUCAUUUACCUUUUAUUCACUUGCUGAUCUCUAUUGACUAUCUGUCCCUCAAAGAAUGUACUUUAAAAUUAACUUCCUUGUCUACAAAGCCCUAAAUUGAAUUGGACCAGCCUACCUGUCAGACCUACUCUCCCCCUAUGAACCUCCACGCACCCUAAGUUUAAACCACGUCAAGCUGCUGAAUGCCGGCAGGACCUGGAUACACACAAUGGAGGGCCGUUUCUUUUGCUCCCACGCACCACGCCUUUGGAACUCCCUUCCUGACAAUCUCAGGGCUGUUCAGACUGUUGAGGCCUUUAAAGCAGGCCUUAAGACUCAGCUCUAUAAGCCUUCCCAUCCUCCUAGACUUUGAUUGUUGCUUUCAUGAUUUGGUUAUAUAUAUAUAUUUUGUACUCUUUUUUUAGUUCGUUUUUUAUUUUAUGCAAUUUGAGAUUAUAAUUUUAUAAUGAAAAACACUUUACAAAGGUAAUAAAUUAUUUUCAUUAUUUAAAUUUAAAAAAACAGAAGUUCAUUACUUUGAAUUCCUUACUUAAAUUGAUAGUUUUGCCAGAGGUUGCUGUAUCUAAGUAUGUAACAAAUCUAGAAAUGCAAAACUGUCUGGAUCGAUUGACAACAGUUGACAAGCUGAUGUAAAUGUGUAAAAGGUAAGCCCACCUGGCACCAUUACAUCCAUCACUAAUGGAAAAUAAAGCCCUGUACAGUACAUACAAGCUUGGGGAUUGUUUGACAUUUUGAGAGAGAAAUCUAGGGAAAUACUGUAGCAUGAAAACAAACUAUAUUCUGUCUGAAAUGCAGAUGCAUGUCAUGUUUUCUGAGGAACAACCGUUCUAUGUAACAUGAUAUCUGUGUCAGCUAUCUGUCAGAUGACUAGCUUUCGUAUUCCUCAGAAAUGCAACUACCUGGGACACAAGAGAAACCUGUUGCCUAUUUUGGAUAGCUUAUUCUGUCCUAACAAAUUCCAGAUAAUUCCUUGAUAAUAACAAAUAUACUGCAUAUACUGUAUUUCGUUUUAAUUGAGAAAUCGGAUGACCAGAUACCCAUUUUUACAUUUACAUUUUAGUCAUGCAGCUAUUAACCUGAAGAGACCUGAGGGGCACGGCUGGUCUUGACUGCAUACCAAAUGGUACCCUAUUCCCUAUAUUGACCAGAGCCCUCUGGUCAAAGGUGGUGCACUAUUUAGGGAAUAUAGUGCCAUUUGGGACGCACACCUUCUGUCAUUGCCUCUGGGAGUGUAGGACCUGAAAGUGUACUGUAGGCCUAGGAUAUCCUAGAGUGACAAUAAGGGUCUUCACUUUUACUUGAGCAGGAAUAGCUCUGGGCCUAGGUUUUAGACUAUAGCUAGGACUUAGGGUCCUGAGUUAUUCUCUGUUUUCCCUGGUUAGGUCAUAUGGUCCAGGAAACCGUUCCUUUGUCAGAGGCUUUGGAUUGGUUUCACUGAACCAUUUAUUUCAUGUACAUGGUGCACAAUACAUUGUCACACCCUGAUCUGUUGUUUGCCUGCCCCGUUUUUGUAAUUAAACUUUUGUUACUUCGACACUGUCUGCAUCUGGGUCUUCUCCUGAAACGUGAUAGUACGAAUUGGCCAUGACUGACCCAGCAGACUUGGACCAGCUCCGCAAUGCCAUCUCCUCCCAUGGAGCCACCAUUGGAAGGCACGAGGAGUUGCUUCAUGGUCUCAUGGAAGGGUUCCAGACCUUGGCCGAACGCCAUGACCGAGCGUUUAACACAUUCCUGGAGCAAUUCCGCGGGUUGUCUGUUAGGCAUCCUACCACGACGGUAACCUCCCAGCCCCUCAGUAACCCGGCUGUUAGCAGCGCGGCCUCCCCAGCCACCCGGUUUCCCGAGAACCCCGCUUACCUCCCACGGAACGCUUUGCUGGAGAGUCGAGAACCUGUCUGACAUUUCUCGCUCAGUGUUCGCUCAUCAUCGAGCUGCAGCCCUCCUCCUUCCCCUCGGACCGCUCUAAGAUGGCGUACCUCAUCACGCUGUUGUCCGGGAGGGCUCUCGCCUGGGCUACGGCAGUUUGGGAACAACAGUCGGCCGUACGCUUCAGUCUGGAGGAGUUCAUGCAGGAGCUAAGGAAGGUUUUUGACGCUCCCAUUGUCCAGGAGAGAGGCUGCCCGGAAGUUACUCCAGCGUUGGCAGCUGAGUGUGUCUGGAACCCGGAAGCGCUGUUUGACACGUUCCUGAACAGAGCAUCGGAGGAUGUAAAGGACGAGCUUGCAGCCCGGGAACUACCGACGGAUCUCGACUCGCUCAUUGCCUUGACCAUUGAUCGAUGGGCGACUAUGGGAACAUAUGAAGGAGAGGAAGUCCGAUUCCACCUCGCCUCCGAGGCAUCCCGGAAGUCCCCGAUGGCUCCGUUGCAGAGAGAACAUGAGGCUACUCGCGUUCCCCCGAGAGUCUCCGAAGUCUGCCGAUCCACCUCUUCCCGAGCCGAUGCAACUAGGCAGAGCUAGGCUGUCUCCAGCCGAACGGCAAUACAGGCUUCACACGAAGAGUUGCCUGUAUUGCGGGACUACUGGUCAUUUUUUGUCUACCUGUCCACUGAAAGACCAGGCUCACCGGUAGGAGCGAGUACUCGGGUGGGCCAUACGAAUAACUUUUCCUCUCCCCUUACGUGGCGGAACCAGUCAAAAUCUCUCCGGCUGUGUUCCAGGCCCUGUUUAAUGAUAUUCUCCGCGACAUGAUGAACCGGUUCGUCUUUGUCUACCUCGACGACAACCUCGUCUUCUCCUGCUCUGCCCAAGAACACGUGUUCCAUGUCCGACAGGUCCUCCAACGCCUCCUGGAGAACCAGCUUUUUGUGAAAGCAGAGAAAUGCAAAUUCCAUCGCUCCACCAUCCCCUUCCUUGGCUACAUCAUCGCAGCAGGGAGUGUACAGAUGUAACUCAGGAAGGUGAGAUCGGUGGUGGAUUGGCCCCAGCCUACGUCCAGAGUGCAGCUGCAACGUUUCCUGGGAUUCGCUAACUUUUAUCUCUGCAUUAUCUGGGGUUAGAGCACCCUGACCCCCCCUGGCACCCUGACCCCCCUCGGCAAGCACCGGCUGGUCUCCUACAACCUCUGCCUGUUCCUCACCGUCCCUGGUCUCACAUAUCCCUGGACUUUGUCAAGAUCUUCCCCCGUCUGUUGGCAACACUGCCAUCCUGAUAAUUGUGGACCGGUUUUCCAAAGCCGCCCACUUAAUUCCUCUCCCCAAGCUACCCUCCGCCAAAGAGAAGGCCCAGCUCAUGGUGCAGCUAGUCUUCUGGAUCCAUGGACUCCCAGUGGACAUGGUCUCCGACCAGGGUCCUCAGUUCUCGUUCCGGUUCUGGAAGGCGUUCUGCACACUCAUUGAGUCGUCGACCAGCCUGUCCACCGGUUCCACCUUCAGUCCAACAGCCAGUCACAGUGAGCCAACCAAGACCUGGAGACGACUCUGCACUGCCUGGUCUCCACCAACCCCACCACCUGGAGCCAGCAACUAGUGUGGGUCGAACACGCCCACAAAACCCUUCCCUGCUCUGCCACGGGUCUUUCGCCCUUUGAGUGUUCUCUGGGUUAUCAGCCCCCGCUCUUCCCGGAGCAAGACGAAGAGGUCGGCAUACCCUCGGCCCAGAUGUUUGUCCACCGCUGUCGUCGUACCUGGAGGAGUGCCCGGUUGGCUCUUCUCAAGACCACCUCCUGGUAUCGACGACAAGCGGACCGCCACUGGACCCCGGCUCCCUGGUAUCAUCUCGGGCAGAAUGUAUGGCUGUCCAUUCAAGAUCUGCCCCUCCGGGUGGAGUCCCGCAAACUUUCCCUCCGGUUUAUUGGCCCUUUCCCCAUCUCCAUGAUCAUUAGCCCCUCUGCUGUUUGUCUUCUGUUAACCAGUACCCUCCGUAUACAUCCCACUUUUCAUGUAUCUAGGAUCAAACCCCUGUCUCACAGCCCUUUGUCUCCUGUUUCCAGGACACUGUCUGCAUCUGGGUCUACUCCUGAAACGUGAUAUUCAUAGCACACAAACGCCUGCCAAAACGUUAAUGAUAGAUCUGAUAGCGUUGCAUGCCCAGCCCAUUGGUGUUGUCACAUACUUCUUCUACAGUGUAGAGUGCAAGGCUAGAGGGUCCCCACACAUACAUUGUUUUAAAAGGAUCAUAGGCCACUAACACAGCCUGUUCAAUAACAUAACAUUAAGGAUGUGUAAUCCUCUGAUGUGCUGUACUAUCCUACCAAACUACUAUUUUUAUUUAGGAAUCUCACUCUGGCCAUGUGUAACAGUGUUGCAUCUGUCCCUUACCUUGCACAAACCUGGGCUUUAACCAGGGACUCUCUGAACACAUCGACAACCGAAAUGGCCUGUCUAAAUUUUGGAUUUAGUGUACUUUACAUGUAAUCAAUUUAUAAUUUUGCCUGUGAAUGUAAUAAGUCAUAUUUUAAGGAACUCAGUCAGGCUUUCAGCUUCCUCUUGAAAGUUUUAAUAGUAGAAUGCACAAGGUGCAAUUUCGAAAUUGGCUAGUGCAUCAGCAGUUUUCCUUGGCAGUCAUUGCAGACCUUAGAGAGCUAUUUAUAGUGUAACUUGUCAGAAAUGUCGCCGGAGGAGAUGGCUGCCGUUUUAAGGGCUCCUAACCAAUUGUGCUAUUGUGUGUUUUUUUUUGGCGUUAUUUGUAACUUAUUUUGUACAUAAUGUUUUUGCCACCGUCUCUUAUGACCGAAAAGAGCUUCUGGAUAUCAGGACAGCGAUUACCCACCUUUUACUGGAUACAUAUUUUUUCUUUAACGAGUCGGACGCGAAGGAUUUUCUUCAGACACCCGACAAGGACCAAAUCCCUGUCAUUCGCAUGAGAAAGUAACAGAGAUAUCGGGGAUGUAGGUCGGCGUGCCUUGUAUGGAUUCAACGGCGAGUGGGUAAUCUGCCUCUACCAUCAGUCCUAUUAGCCAACGUACAAUCAUUGGAUAACAAAAUAGAAUAACUACAAUCACGGAUAUCCUACCAACGGGACACUGGCAAGUGUCUUCACUGACAUUUUCAACCUGUCCCUGACUUAGUCUGUAAUACCAACAUGUUUAAAGCAGACCACCAUAGUCCCUGUGCCCAAGAACACUAAGGUAACCUACCUAAAUGACUACAGACCCGUAGCACUCACGUCUGUAGCCAUGAAGUGCUUUGAAAGGCUGGUCAUGGCUCACAUCAACACCAUUAUCCCAGAAACCCUAGACCCACUCUAAUUUGCAUACCGCCCCAAGAGAUCCACAGAUCCGCCCCAAGAGAUCCACACUGCCCUUUCCCACCUGGACAAAAGGAACACCUACGUGAGAAUGCUAUUCAUUGACUUUAGCUCAGCAUUCAACACCAUAGUGCCCUCAAACCUCAUCACUAGGCUAAGGACCCUGGGACUAAACAUCUCCCUCCGAAAGUGGAUCCUGGACUUCCUGACGGGCCGCCCUCCAGGUGGUAAGGGUAGGUAACAACACAUAUGCCACACUGAUCCUCAACAUGGGGGUCCCUCAGGGGUGCGUGCUCAGUCCCCUCCUGUACUCCUUGUUCACCAAUGACUAUAUGGCCAGGCAUGACUCCAACACCAUCAUUAAGUUUGCCGACGACACAACAGUGGUAGGCCUGAUCACCGACAAUGAUGAGACAGCCUAUAGGGAGGAGGUCAGAGACCUGGCCAUGUGGUGCCAGGAUAACAACCUCUCCCUUAACGUGAUCAAGACAAAGGAGAUGAUUGUGGACUACAGGAAAAGGAGGACCGAGCACGCCCCCAUUCUCAUCGAUGGGGCUGUAGUGGAGCAGGUUGAGAGCUUCAAGUUCCUUGGAGUCCACAUCACUGCCUGGUAUGGCAACUGCUCGGCCUCCGACCGCAAGGCACUACAGAGGGUAGUGUGUACAGCACAGUACAUCAUUGGGGCCAAGCUUCCUGCCAUCCAGGACCUCUAAACCAAGCGGUGUCAGAGGAAGGCCGUAAAAAUUGUCAACGACUGCAGACACCCUAGUCAUAGACUGUUCUCUCCGCUACCGCAAGGCAAGCGAUACCGGAGCGCCAAGUCUAAGUCCAAAAGGCUUUUUAACAGCUUCUACCCCCAAGCCAUAAGAAUCCUGAACAGCUAAUCAAAUACUUACCUGGACUGUUUGCAUUGUCUUCCCCACCCACCCCCUCUUUUACGCUGCUGCCACUCUCUGUUUAUUAUCAACACAUAGUCACUUUAACUCUACCUACAUGUACAUAUUACCUCAAUUGCCUCGACUAACCGGUGCCCCCGCACAUUGACUCUGUACCGGUACCCCCUGCAUAUAGCCUCGCUACUGUUAUUUUACUGCUGCUCUUUAAAUCUUUUUUAUUUAUUUUUAUUUUUUACUUAUCUAUUUUUUACAUUACACUUAUUUUUCUUAAAACUGCAUUGUUGUUUCAGGGGUUGUAAACAUUUCACUCUAAGAUCUACACCUGGUGAUUUCGGCACGUGAAAUAUUUGGGGGGAUUUGAUUUGGAAAUGUCCAGCUAACGUUUUUGAGCUAGGUUUUUUGAUUUUGUUGUAAUGUUUGAGUCACUCAUAAGACAUGUUCCCCAAUGAUGAAGGGAGGCCUGGUUGAAAAGGUUGGGGAAGCACCGCUCUACUGUAUAACAAUAUUAUGAAACCUAAAAUAAUUAGUGGCUUCAUUCUGAUGUCCUGGUUGUAUUAUUUUUUUAUGGAUGUCAUCCUUAUAUCCCUGAGUUUGCGACUGCAAUUUUGUGGUAAUGUUAUAGACAGAGUGUAUUGUGACAACUACUUGGUAGUCAAGCUUUUUUGUUCAAAUAUUAUACGAAAAUAUUACAUGGGGUUUCGUUGUAAUUGUGCUUUCUUUGACUUGUACUAUAUUUCCUAACAUAUACUCAUAUGUAAGAAUUCUAGAAAUAUGUUUAAAGUCUUCAAAAGAGAUGAAACAGAAAGCGUUUAACACCUGUACACCACAUAUAGCCUCUUUGCUGAACUUCUCCUUUGGCUGUUUAUUUGCGAUUCUACAA